UACAUUACGGAAGAUUGGGGUUAUGUUCGCUACUUAGAAAUGCAAUUGACGGAUGAACCCAACCUUACACUGACAGACUAUUCGAAUAAAAAUCGUGUCCACAAAAAUAUUAACGUCGAAAGACCAAAGGCAUUUCGAUGUCCGUUGAAAGUUGUUGAAAAUGAGAACCAUGUGAAUGUGUCAGUGAAUGCUUUUCAUUACGAUCACGUUUACACCAUUGACAAAUCGAACAACGCCAUGACAUACGUCAAACGAAAAGAUAAUUUUGUUUUAUCGCUUCCAGUUCCAGAUAUUGAACUGAAUUAUAUUGCCGAAGUGGAUGAAUGCAUGGAAAAAUUAUCAAAUUUUACCAGCGGCCCGUUUCCAAUUACUGUUAUCAGAAAUCGAAAUUUUCUUCAAAUUUUGGUUCAAUUCAACGGAACACGCCAUACCUACGUGACUAAUUCCUUUGGCAAUCAAACAUGUCGAAUAUACGACGAGUCCGAGGUAGAACUCAUCGUUGCACAUCAAUUGCUGGAAGAUGUUUAUCCGGACUGUAUAAGCCGCGAUGAUCCGGCAUUAACAUUUGCUUGCCCUAUAUUAGUCUUAACAGAGGAUGAAAAUCAAGUCACUGUGAAGAUUAGCGCAAAUCCUUCCGGAACUACAAGUAAAUGGUACAAGUACCAAUUAAAUAAAUCGACCGGAACAAUGACUUACGACGCCGGGGCCGUAUCAAUAUUCCCCUCGAUAGAUAUCAACUUGCUCAAAUAUUUAGUCGGAUAACCUUCACUGUAGUUCAUAAGUAUUAGUUUUAGCAU